CCCAUUUCAAAAUUAUUGGUUACGCGGUCUCUUUAAUUAUUCACUAAAAUCGUUGAUUACAUCACAUUAGCCAUUUCCAAUGAAAUCUCCAUGCACCUAAAGCAUUCCUCUCUUCACUUAUUCUUUGUAAAUCAUGGUUCGCUUCUGUCAUCCCCUGAAUUUCCGAUACUAUCACGAUUAGGUCUUACAAAUGCAAUCCUAUUUUUGAUGAUAAUCAAUUAUUCAGUGUAUUCCGAAGCAGAUGAUCUUGAUGAUGAUAGAAGUAGGCUUACUCGACGUAAAUGGUGCCCAUGGUCUUCUUGGAGUCCAUGUUCCCCGACUAAAUGUAUCAGUGGUCAUGUAAGACGAACUCCAUCACUUUGGCGUAGUCUUGAAGAAAUCCCCAUGGCAGAUGAUAUACAGACUAACCAGUGUGUAUUACCAUCAAACAAUAUUUCCAGAAAACCUAAUCGAGCUUAUGUGCAACAAACAAUACGUGGACAGACCAAAGUUAUUGUUGCUGAGAAACAACGCUUUCGUACUUGUGAUUGUCAAUCUGUCUCCAUUUUGAAUGUGUUUCGUUUGGUUAGCAGACAUGAGUGUUACCCAGGUGAAACAGAAUUCGAGUGUAAUGAAUGUGUAUCUUCUGAUAAAGUAUACUUUAGUCGGGAUAGCAGUUCUAUCGUAGAUAUAAUACCAUUCUGUUCAUUUGAUCAUUCUGGUUUCCAGUUGUAUAAAAUUCUUGGUGGAAUUGUUGGCGCCAUAGCACUUAUCACUUUGGUAGUAUGCUUUGUACGCUUUUUAUUUCGACAAAUUUGUGGUCCACGACAAAAUGAUGGAAAUGCCACUGGCAGUGGAUUAAAUCGAAAUGGUAGAAGACGAAAUAGAACACCUCACUUGCAGAAUAAUGCUGUUAGUGAUGAUGCUUCAGAAUACUUACAAAAUCAUCGUAAUACAACUGGAUAUCCUAUUAACUUGGGAAACAUGGAUCUUCCACCGGCGUAUACAGAUAUUGUUAAACUUUCUGGAAUUACACCCCUACCAGCGAACACUACUGCUACUAAUCCUACUACAUUAGUCACAGAUCGUUUUACUACUGCUUAUGAUUGGUUACCGCCACCAGCACUACCAACACAGAAUGAUAACCAAAUCACGCAUCCAAAUGGUUUACCCAAAUCAUCACCAAUGCGCAUGCAUCGAUUUAGUUGUUCCAUUGUUGAUGAUAAUGAACAAAAUAAUGCAACAUCUAGUCAAAUAUUAAGUCCAAAACAGUCGAAUACACCUCCACCGCCUAGUUAUGAAGAAAUUAUCGCUGCGACAACAAAUAGUAUUGACACAUACACACAAUCUACUGCUACUGUUGUUGAUCGUUCAUUGACCUUAGAGGCAAAUGAUGAGAUCAAUCCUAGUCAAAGUAUACAUCAAUCGGAUAAUGCUGCUGCUACUACGACAACAACAACUACUACAACUACUAACAAUAAUACUAGUAGUAGUGGUAGUGGUAAUGUGAUGAACACAGAUAGAACUGAAACUAGUAGUGCUGCAUAAUCCUUUAUUUAGAUUAUCUCAUGAUUGUAUUGUAUUCUAUGCCUUUUUCUAUCUCUCUCUCUCUCUUGUCUCUCUUGUUAUAUGAUUUCUAUGAUUACUGUUGCUGCUGCUGCUGCUGCUGCUCCUGUAAUGUGAUCAUUAGUAGUAGUGCUACUACCUUUAUUUUCUGAUUAACGGAUUGAUUUGUAUCUGUGCGUGUGUGUGUGUGUGCUUCUUUUCUUGUUACAAAACUAUGUGAAACCUUAGUAUUUAUUUAUUUAUACAUAUGAACGUCAUACUAGUUAUUCUAGGUUACAAAUACUUUGAUGAGAAAAAAAUGUUAAGAAAAACAACUAUACUUGAAAUGCUGAUGGUCACGGGACGAAGUAUGUCGCGAAUUUCUUCUUCUUAUUCUUCCUCUCUACUUUCUAUUUUCUUGCAUCACUGCAAAGCCUCCUAAUCGAAUAACCAAUGUCAUUUGUGUGUGUGUGUGUGUGGGUGUUAUGCGGAAAUGGGAUUCCAGAUGUUUUACGCUGUUGAUAAUCAUGAUUUCGCCUACAAUGUGAAUCAUUCUCCCUCUUUCAAAAUAAUGUAGAUUCUGUUUGAUGGCGAAUCAAAGUGUCCAUUGCUUCUCAGCAACAAUCGUAUACACGCGUAUAUGCUUACAACAAUUAUGCACUAUAAGACAAAAAAACAAACGAAAACUGAUUGAAACACAGUGUAUUAUUGUAUUUUAAUUGUGUCUCUUUCUAUUAUGAUUAUUAUUAUUAUCUUGUAUACCAUUUUCUACCAUCUUUUUAGCGAUUCUCAUUUAUACUACUUAUUUACUACUUAAGUAUUUCUCUGGUAUUUCUUUUUGUAUUACUAAAGGAUUGAUCAUGAUGAGGAUCGUUUAAGGGAUUAUAUAAAUAUAAUUAUAGGAG